CUAAAAUCCCCUCAUUUGACAGUGUUUCCCAUUGACCCGACCCGUUAAAUUCCAUCUCCAUUUUUUCCGCAUCCAUACACUGCUCCUGCAACGACGAUGUCCCAAAAUCUGCUGACACCUUAUCAUUGCCGGAUCGGAGGCUUCAUCUGCUGCUGCCGGCGAACUCGUCCGCAGAAUUCCCGAAACGUCAUCUCCCUCUUUCCGAAACCCUUCACCCUGCAAGUCCAAGCAGCUCCAAGAACUCAUUUUUCCGGUCGGGAUUUCCUCAGGACCCGCCAGAGUUACGCCGUCAGGGCUGCGGGUUUCGAAUUGGAAGAACCCGGGGAAAAUCUGCCCGACAAAGGAUUCAAUUUCGAUGCUCUCUUAUCGGUUCUUGAAUUCCUGUGCUUGGCCGUAUCGGCUGCUGUACCCAUUGCCGUUGGGGUGCGGUGGUGGGUUUCCCGGCAGCAGAGUUGGGUAGGGUUCCGGCUACUGGUGGGACAGUGUGCGGUGUUGGCGGGUGGAAUGUUGAUCGGAGCUGUAAUUAGGAGGCGCCAGUGGCGGAGAGUUUGUAAAGUUGAGGUGGUUUCAAGGUCCGGUAAGGGUUACCAGGGGGUCAAUCUGGUAGAGAGGAUCGAGAAGCUGGAAGAAGAUUCCCGGAGCUCCAAGAGGAUAGUUCAAGCCUUAUCUAGGCAGCUUGAGAAGCUGGGAACUCGUUUUCAGAUCAAAAUGAGGAACUUUAAGGACACUAUUGCCCAGACUGCAGCAUUGGCCCAGAGGAACUCUGAGGCUACUAGAUCAUUGGCUGUGGAAGGGGAAAUUCUUGAGAGAGAGCUUCUUGAAAUACAAAGGGUCUUACUGGCAAUGCAGGACCAACAACAGAAACAGCUUGAACUGAUCCUUGCAAUUGGGAGAACUGUCAAGUUAUGGGACAACUUGGAUUCACCCUCUCAAGAUCUCUGCCGGGAUGAUGGUGCGCCUAAUACUACAGCGAGUUCAGCUGUUGUCUGAGGGACUGAACUAAACCAAUGCGAACUUUGAUGAUUGAUUGUAAAGAGACACACAGACACAGACAGCAGAAAUACAGAAUGGUUUUGCUUUGGUGAAAAACCAGAUAAUCCCCUUAAGGCCAAUUAGAAGAGAUGGAAUCUUGGUGUGUGAAACCCAUUCUGGUGAGGUGGAGAUUAUGGACAGAUGAAAAUGAAAAAAAGGUGUUGAAAAAAGGAGUAUAAAUUUGGCUUUCCAGUGGAUCCAUUUGUUGGUGAUGUUAGUGUCAUCGGUUAUUUUGAGCAACUACUUUUACUCAGCAAAAAAAAGUGAGUAAUAUUUGAAUACUAUCUCAACUUUCAGCAAUUCAAAUACAAAUACUAACACUAG